CGAAUCAGUUCUAUGCUAUACCUGCCGUUGAAGUGUUAUUUUGAUCACGAAUAAGUAAAUAUUAAGUGAUCAACAAAAGCGUAACAGAGCUUGUGAUUUAAAAAGAACUGUUAAUUUCUACUUUGUUAUUUUUCGGUAAAUAGUGAAAAAUGUUAAUUAGUGAUUAACUAUCCGUUUUCUUCGAUAUUUUAGUCGUUAAUAACUACGGCAAAAGGUAUUAAGCUUUGGGAACUGUCAUAUUUACACUAUUAGAGUAGUAUUCGUAUCUACUACACGAGUUCAGUUCCUCCAAAAGAACGGAUUCUUUGUAAAGUGAUUCAAUAUCAGGUACAUUCUAUUUUUAGUUUGCGUUUAAAAAAUAUUUAAUAAAAAUGAGUAGACGAAGCAGUGUAUUGUGGAAGAUCUUUACAAUUGAAGAUCAAGUUAAAAAUUUGGCUAGAUGUGAUAUUUGUAGACAACUAUUUAGUUACAAGACAUCGAUAUCUAAUUUGAAGAAACAUCUUUUGAAAAAACACCCAACAGUUCAAAUAUUGGAUAAUGUGAUACGCUAUGAUCCAGAGCAAAUACAAGAACAUCAAAACGAUCCUUCUUCUGAUAUUACUACUGAAGAUAUUCAAGAAUUAGACGAAGAAAAGUGUGAAAUACUCGAACAGCGUAAAGUACAUCGUAAUAGAAAAAGGUCACCCCUCUGGAAUAUCUUUAUUCAAAAAUCAAAUAAUAGUAAAGUAGCAAUUUGUAAAAUUUGCAAAAAAGAGCUUUGUUACAAUUCUACCACAACCAACUUGCAUAAACAUUUAAAAAGAAAACAUCCAAAUGUAAUAUUAAAAGAUGAAGAAGAAAUUAAUAAGGAAGAAAAUCGAUCUCGUUCUCCUUCCCGUUCUCCUCUUCCCAAUUCUACCUUCGAAGUAUAUGUCGAGGCCCCUGAUCAGGAUCACCAGUAUGUGACGGUCGAAUUACCUGGUUCUACUUUUUCAUCCCUCAUGGAUCCAAUUGAAGUACCAAGUUUAGUUCCUAUCUCAGUAGCAGAUAAUAUACAUCUAAAAGAAGAAAAUUACAAGAGAAGACAGUUACCACACAUUGAUGAUAUCAUAAGAAAAUUGAAUAUAGAAGAUCAGCAACAAAUAAAACAGUUACUAUAUGGAACUAAUUACGAGGUACUAAAAUUACCUACCACUAUUGUUCAACAAGUUAGGAAUUUAAGAUUUGAACUAGCAAGUUAUAAAUUUCUUAGUGCCCCUGAACAAGUUCGAACACCUAGAUUGAUCAGGCUAGCUGCCUUACAAAUUACCCUUCCAUUACCUACAUCCACCCCUAUUAUCGAAAUGCGAAAGGCAAUCCACGACAGGGCUGCAGAAGCUAUUGAAAUUGCCUCUCAAGUAAACGUUAAUAUAUUUUGUCUUCAAGAAUUAUGGACGUCUCCUUUCUUUCUUUGCACUGGUGAAAAGUAUCCUUGGUGCGAAUAUGCUGAACCUGCCGAAAGUGGCCCAACAACUGAGUUCCUAAAAGAGCUGGCCAAAAAAUACAACAUGGUUAUCAUAUCGCCGAUUUUGGAAAGGGAUGAACUUCAUAACGACACUGUUUGGAAUACAGCUGUGGUGAUUGACAAUCAUGGGGAUGUUUUGGGCAAGCAUCGUAAAAACCACAUUUCAAGGGUUACGGGAUUCAACGAGUCUACAUAUUAUAAUGAAGGGAAUACUGGUCACCCUGUAUUUCAGACUGAUUUUGGAAGGAUUGCAAUUAAUAUUUCCCAUGGUCGCCAUCAUCCCCUUAACUGGAUGAUGUUUGGGAUUAACGGAGCUGAAAUUGUUUUUAACCCUUCUGUGGAGGCUGGGGCUGAAAGUGAAUUACUCUGGAAUAUAGAAUCCCGUUGUGCUGCUAUGAACAACAGCUUUUUCACUUGUGCCAUUAACAGGGUUGGAACAGAAAAAUUUCCGAAAGAAAAGUUUGGUCAUUUAUACGGAUCAACUUAUGUCACUGCACCAGAUGGGACACGAACUCCAGGUUUAUCAAGAACUAGGGAUGGUAUUUUAAUUACCGAAUUCGAUUUAAAUAUGUGUAGAAGAGCUAGAGAUUUUUGGGGAUUUCAGACGACUCGUCGAUUGGAUUUAUAUGCUGAGUCAUUCGCCAAAGUAGCAAAACUUGAUUAUCAGCCACAGAUUAUCAAGAAAUGAACCUGCAAUUUAAACAAAUUACAUUUACCUAUGUAACGUAAGAUAUGUUAAUUAUUAAAUAAAAAUUGUUUUAGAUUUAGGAAUAUACUUUAUAGAAGUGAAUGACUAAUGUUACUGUCCAUUAUUAACCUGUCUAAA